GGACCGCCUCCUUUUCCCCCUACCUAUUUAUUUUAGGUCCUGUGCCCUAUAGUAAAAUAGGACUUAAUGCUAUCAUAGCAGACUGCUACUAGAAAGUCAUAUGGACGUAUAUUUUUUAAUGAAGUGGUCAAUCGCGGUAAGCGAAAUAUAUGUGCUUAUUUAAAAUAAAAAAUUAUCUUAAAUUUCCUGAAAGAUGGAAACUAUUAAAAAUCACCGUUGUAAAGCUAAAGAUCAUGAGCAUGAAGAAGCCCUUUCUAGAGAAUCAUUUAUACAGGGAAAUGGCGGCCAUAAGCCCAGGGAUGUAGAGCAGCUUAAAACAAAAGAUGUCAUCACUGAGACUUUAAAGAAAGUGGAGCUAAAGAGAACAAUAACAUUUUUUGGAACUGUUGCUAUACUAAUAGCCAACAUUGGUGGGACAGGAAUUUUCAUAGCACCAACCACUAUUCUGAGCUUCAGUGGCUCUCCAGGGAUGGCUAUGGUUAUGUGGCUGGCUGGCGGUGUGAUGCAAGUUAGCAUGGCAUUGUGUGUUGUUGAGGUAGCUCUAAUGUUCAACAGGGCAGGCGGUCCUUAUUAUUUUAUUUACCAGACAUUCGGAGAGCUUCCAGGAUUUGUUUUUAUGUGGGGCUAUUUGAUUUUUAUUGCUGCACCAUCUUGGGCCUUAGGGGCAUACACAGCCAGCCUGUAUAGUUUAUCUCUAGUAUUUAAAGACUGUGAUCCUCCAGAGGAACUUGUAAAAUUGAUAGCUGUCUGGGUUAUGAUAUCUGUGAUUGCUAUCAACUGUACACAUAUGAAAGUCAUCACCAUAAUCCAGAAGUUCCUUACAUCAUGCAAGAUAAUAGCACUUGUCAUUAUCAUUAUACUGGGCCUUAUAAAUAUUCCAACAGAUUUAGGUCAGGAAAAUCUGUUUCAUUUUAUGGAUGGAACACGAUCUGAAGUUGGACAAAUAGCUUUAGCGUUGUUUGCUGCAUUCUACGGCUUUGGUGGCUGGCCGGUUAUCACAAUAUUGACAGAGGAGAUGAAACAUCCAGAGAAAAAUUUACCGAGAGGUCUGCUGUUAAGUUUUUCUAUCCUGAUUACAACUAUGGUGGCAACUAACUUUGCUUACUACACAGUCUUAUCUAAGGAGGAAGCACUGAGAUCUGAUGCUGUAGCCAUGUUGUUUGGCCAGAUGUUACACCCGCUGAUGCCAGUAGUUAUUGCUGUCCUGGUGUGUCUGUGUUCUGUUGGGACCCUCAAUGUUCUCAUUAUGAGCCAGCCAAGGAUGCUUUUUGCUGCAGGACGUAAUGGACACAUGCCAAAAUUUAUGACAAUGCUGCAUAAAAAAUUUCAUACUCCAUGGCCAGCAACAUUCACCCUGGGUCUACUUGGCAUCAUCAUGGUCUUAUCUGGGAGUGUCCUGUCUUUGGUGGCAGCCAUCAGUCUAUACGCAGGUUGCAUGAUAUUUCUGCUACUAUUGUGCUUGUUUACACUCCGCUGGAAAAGUCCAAAUGCACCUCGUCCAUUUAAGGUCCCGCUAGUACUGCCAGUGUGUGCCUGUGUGUUGACAGUUUCUCUGGUGUUCCUCUCAGUCCUAGAAAAACCAAAAGAACUUGGCUUUGUUGCCAUGGUAGUUGCCCUUGGGGUCCCAGUCUACUUUGUGUGCAUCAAAUGGCAGAAGCCUGCCAAACUAUUCAACAGUGUGGAUUCCAUUGGGAAAUACUUGCAGCUCCUCCUUGAUCUUCAUUAUGAAAAGAACUGAUUUAAAAUUACAUCCCUUUAUGCUCAUUAUGAAAAGAACAGACUUGAAAUUACAUCCCUUUAUGUUCAUUAUGAAAAGAACUGAUUUAAAAUUACAUCCCUUUAUGCUCAUUAUGAAGAGAGCAGACUUGAAAUUACAUCCCUUUUAUUUUAUAAUUUAAGAUUAAACUAUCUGUUAUUUUAAACAGGGUAUAUUAAAACUUUUUAUAUAAAUCUGUUAUUUUAACUAGACUUUUGUUCAGUUUUAAAGUCUUUCAUUUGAUAAUAUUUUUGAAAAUAUUUAAACGACUUUUAAGCCAAUUAAAUCAGUUAAGUAAUUAUUUAUUCUUAAAAACAUUUUAAGUACAUCUAAAUUUUUAUACCUAUUCCUAAAAAUGAUUAAAAAGUAAGAUAAUGCAUCUUAAUAAUAUUUUUUUAAAAUGUUAUUAAAAAUGUUUUACAUGUUUAAAAACAAACUAUAUUUAUUAAACUUAAAGAAAUGUUUAUUCACUAUUCCAUAAUUUACAUUAUAUUUUAUUCAAUAUUCUAUAUUUUCACUCUAAUCAUAUUGUUAUGAAAUCUAUAUAUAGAAUUUUGUAUUUUUAGAUACAAAGAAAUCUCUCUUGCUUUUCACUUGCCUUUUAAUGUGUUCUUUCUGACUGUAAAAGUGUAACUAAUGCAGUGUUUUCAUCAGCCUUGUUAGUUCUGUUUUGUCUUCUUACAUGCAAAACAGUCUUACUACUUCGUGCAUUCUCUAGUGUAUUCAAAGCCGUCCACAUACAUAGAGUAAUUAUUUUUCUGUUGAAAUCCUAAACUAAUGUGAAUUGUUAAUAUAACUUACAUUUUAAAAAUGAUAUCAAGUUGUUAAGAACAUUUAUUAAAUUUGUUAACUAUUUUUUGGAAAAACAUAGCAUUUUCUUUACAGUGAUUUAAUUUCAAAGAAUUAAUUAGCUUCUUAUUUUUUUAUAUAUAAAUGUACAUUUAUAUAUAAAUAUAAAAUAAAAUAAAGAUAUUUCUGUUUCUUUGUAUUGACACUUUUAACAAUGUAAUUAACUUAAGAAUUUUGAGCAUUUAUAGAAUACAUAACUCAUUUGUGUUAAUUGCUAAUUGAAGAUUUUAUUUUUCUAAGAUCACAGUGGGCAUAUAGGCCUACAAAGGAAAAAUAUUUUGAUAAAAAGUAUUUGAACAUAUAUCAGAUAAGACAUAUUGAAUCUAUAUCAGAAAGGAAAACAACCAAAACAAUGUUUAACUGUGAGCAGUUAUUUUCAAAAUGUUUUUUGUCAUUCUUUAGUUGUUUUUGAAAGUAUGAAAAUAAGUCUUUUGAAGUGAAAAAAAUGGUUGAUAAAAUCCUUCUAAAUUAAAUUUAAAUUUUACUGAUAAACUGAAUCAACAAAGGUAUUUUUAAAAAUUUCACUAAAACGCUGUUGAAUAUAAAUGUUAUUGUAAACCAUUUUCACUCAUAAUAACAAGGUAUAUUUAAUCUACAAAGCUAUCUGCAGUAUAAUUUAUUGACCCUAAAAAUGGCUUAAAGUAUUAUGAUAAAUGUAGUGAUGUUUUUUUCUGACAUUGAUAUUCUGACACAAAAUUUUCUUACAAAGACAUUAUUAAUAUUGACAUUUUUGUUGGGAAAUUUUAAAAAAAUUAUAUGAACUACUUGGGGAGGUUUAAUUUACAUUCCUUGAUACUUAUAGCAAUGAACUAUUGUUUAAAUGCUUUGAUAUAAACUGUUUUUAACUGUUUAUUUGAGUUUAUUUUUUUGAAAAUCCACAUAUAGUAGUUAUAAAAAUGCUAUAGAAAUAAUUGUUAAUUCUAUAUUUUCAAAGAGCAUACAAGUUAAAUUUUCAGUAUUUUAAUAUUUAAAGAAGUUGAGAAACUUGAGUUACAUAACCAGCUUUUACAGUAAACUAGAGUAAAAAUUAAUCAAGCAUUAACUUGAAUACUUUUUGUAUGUCUCGUAUUUACAUUUUAUUAACUUUUGGGACAUGUUGAAUAAAUGAUAUUUCAGAUGUAAUAAUGUCUUUUUUCAGCAAUAUAAAAUGCGUAUUUACAAAAAUAUUUUAUUUAAAACUAUUAAAUGUUUAUAUGAAAUGGAAUAAAAUCCUAUAUUUUUACCAAUGAUGAAAUGGAAAGUAACCCAAUAUUUUUACAAAUUAUGAAAUCAAACAAAAUCCUAUAUCUUUAGAUAAUGAUUAAAUGGAACAAAAUCCUAUAUUUUUACAAAUGAUGAAAUGGAACAAAAUCCUAAAUUUUUACAAAUGAUGAAAUGGAACAAAAUCCUAUAUUUUUACAAAUGAUGAAAUGGAACAAAAUCCUAUAUUUUUAAAAAGGUUGAAAUGGAACAUAAUCUAAUAUUUUUACAAUUGAUGAGAUGGAACAAUUUCCAGUAUUUUUACCAAUGAUGAAAUAGAACAAAGUCCUAUUUUUUUCCCAAUGAUGUAAUAUAACAAAAUCCUAUAUUUUUACAAAUGAUGAAAUGGAACAAAAUCCCAAUGGAACAAAAUCCUAUAUUUUACCAGUGAUGAAAUGGCAUGAUUUUUGCAGUUUGUUAAAAUGUUUAAAUUUUUACCAUUCCUUAUUAAAUUAUAUGCUAAUAUAUUCUAAUUCUGUUACAAGCUGUUUAUGCACAAAAGUACUAAGAUAAUGUGAUUUGUAAAAAUAGAGCUGUUCCCAUCUCCUCCCCCCUCCCAGUCAGCAAUAAACUUAAACCAGUAUAUGUUUUUCUAGAUUUGAUUGUUUCUUCUUUAAAGCAUGUUAUUUUUUUAUUUAGUAGCAUGAGUUUUUGAUUUUAGAAGUGUAAAAAAUAAAGCAUGUAAAAAGUCACUGCUAUAUUUAGUUGGACUUUAUCAACAAGCUUUUUUGCUUAUAAAAACUUUUGUGCCUGAAUAUUUCCUUUCUAGUAUGUUUAAUGCAAUUAUUGUUCAUUUUAUAGUUAUUUUCAUUUAAAUAAAAUGAAAUAUUAAAUUAUUUAUAACCAUUCAGAACUAUUUUUUAAAGUAAUAAAGCAACCAUCUUGCAGUCUUUCAUCAGGAAAAUGAGAAAAGGAAGGCUUUUUUUUUUUAGUACUGAUGAUCUUUUAUUCUAUGAUACACAUUGUUCAUCACUGGGUUUUUGUAAAAUUAAUGAAAUUGUACACUUUUUUGUUGGAAAAUUAUAAAAACCAAUCCAAAAAACUCUUGUGUACCUAAAUGUAUGUGAUGUGAUCGUGUGAUAACAGUAGGUUAAGCAAAUUGCAAAGUGAUAUUUUAAAACAUUUUUAUGUGAUAGUCAUUUGCUGACAUUUGGAGUACACAGAAAGGACUUUUUUAAAUUAAAAAAUGUAAAAUAUUAUCUUUUUUUUGUUGAUAUUUUUCUCAAAAAGAUUUUUUACUUAUUUUAUGUCUCUCAUUUAAUAUUUGGAAAUUUUUUUUUCAUGUUUUGUAUUUUUUUUUAAUGCUGUUUCUGGGUUUUCUUUGAAUUAGUAAAAGAAACUUUGUAUGUUAUCUUUAUUUUUAAAAUUUCUUUCAGAUUUUUAAUAAUUCUCAUCAAACUGAAGAUAAGAAAGGAGUAUUAUUUUACACAAUGUGGAGCUCCCUCUACUGAAAGAAGGUAUGCAUCCCCAGGAAAGAUUGUAGAUCUUUUAGGAUGCUAGAAUCUACAGGGUCAAAAGGAAGGGUGCUAGAAUCUACAGGGUCAAAAGGAAGGGUGCUAGAAUCCACAUGGUCGAAAGGAAGGGUGCUAGAAUCCAUAUGGUCAAAAGGAAGGGUGCUAGAAUCUACAGGGUCAAAAGGAAGGGUGCUAGAAUCUACAGGGUCAAAAGGAAGGGUGCUAGAAUCCAUAUGGUCAAAAGGAAGGGUGCUAGAAUCCACAUGGUCAAAAGGAAGGGUGCUAGAAUCCACAUGGUCAAAAGGAAGGGUGCUAGAAUCCAUAUGGUCAAAAGGAAGGGUGCUAGAAUCCACAUGGUCAAAAGGAAGGGUGCUAGAAUCCACAGGGUCUAAAAGAAGGGUGCUAGAAUCCACAUGGUCAAACUAGUCUCUUGUCUCAGAGUUGAGAGCUAACCUGACUGCUAUGGCGUUUGUCAUCAAAUUGUAGCUGGUGUUUGUGCUACCAUUACAUGUUUUGGUUAUGGUGUUCUUGUAAGCCUUUUAUUUAACUUUUAAAAUGAUUUAUAAUCCAUUUGAUCCUCCACACAACAAUAUUCUGACCUCCUUUGAAAAUUUCAAAUGCAAUUAUCUUAGUUGUAAUUAAUUAACUAUAAACAACCCUAACAAAAGUAACUUAAUUAUUUACAUCAUACAGUGGUUUACCCUUUACACAUUGUUACUGAUGAACUGGUUUAUGUAUUUAAGAGUUGGAUUAACUAUAAAUAACAAUAGUUCUGAAACAGUUCCCUGUUUUAUUGUGUCAGUAUACAGCUUGUUUAUUACCACCAAGUAUUAGUCCCACUCUUAUACUUUCUAAGAAGGAGUAAAAAUAGAUUGCAAUAAGUAUUAUUAUAGUGCAUUUAUAUUUCACAAUGAGUAAAAACAGUUCCGUUAAGUAUUAUUAUAGUGCAUUUAUAUUUCACCUUCUAAUUUUUAUAAAUCAACUAGCACCCAGUUUGAAAAUGUUUUUAUCACACAUAAAAAGUGUGAUGAUUUCUUUUGGUCAACACUAUACUAUACAUUUGGUGAAUCUCAUGUUUAAUUCUGGUAGCUUAU